UCAGUGGCUAUGGCUCCUUCCCCACCAUUCUUGCUCGCGAACACAGUGCUUACCUCUUAUUUCGAUGGAAAAAUGUGGCUUAGUAGUAGCGAAACUGCGUUCCCGUAACUCUAUCAGCUAUUUCGUACCAAAUCGCUUACUGCACUGCAUGCUAGUCCCUCACCAGCACGCAACACAAUCACGAUAGGACGCGCUGUGCGAAGACCUAAAGAGUGAGGCCAAAGGUGUAACCUCGCCAGCGCGCCAAGCACCUCACUCGCUGCCCGUUGCAUAUAGCGCGCAGCUCGCUUCCCAUUCCUGCUUCGUGCACCUAACACCGUGAGAGCGAUGCGCCUUCCGCAUUCCCUCUUUCCCGGCUUACCCAGGGGUGGAGAGGAGAGGAGAGGAGAGGUAGAGGAGAGGAAGGGGAGAGGACGAGGACAGGAAGAGGAGAGGAAGAGGAUAGGAGAGGAAAGGACAGGAGUGGAGAGUAGAGGAGAGGAGAGGAGAGGGGAGGAGAGGAGAGGAGUUGAGAUUAGAGGAGAGGAGAGGAGAGGGGAGGAGAGGAGAGGAAGACGAAGAGGAGAGGAUAGGAGAGGAGAGGAGAGGAGAAUAGCAGAGAUGAGAGGAGAGGAAGAGGAGAGGAGAGGAGAGGAGAGGAGAGGAGAGGAGGAAACAGGAGAGGAGGGAACAGGAGAGAACCCAGGAUGUUGACCAGUUUACCCACACCUAGAACUGGAGAAUUCCCCUUGGCACAGUGGCCACCUUGAGGCACAAACUGAAAAUGGGGCAGACCGGGAGGAUCCAGGCGGCAGUGAGGGAGGAGCCACAGCGUGCGAUGCAUUGUAAGGGGUUUCCCUCGCAUCGCUGCAUUGUGCGACUUACUGCAUUGCUUAUGAAUUACAAGCGCCUUUGCCCGCUCGCUUCCUUCUGAAAAAAAACUCUAAAUUUAC